ACAUGGCUGUGCAGGCACAGUCCUGCGGGGUGCAGCGGGUGGCACUGGAAGGGCCUCCUAGGCGGGUUGGUGGCCAGCUGGAAGAGCCUGGGGCCACCUGUCUGGUCAGAGCCUCUCUGCUGUGGGCCUCUUGGAGCCAGGGCUGGUUUUGUGGUCUGACUAAAGUGACAAUGAAAUUAAUAGGAUCCUGAUGCCGUGACUGAGGCCAUUUCCCUGUGUCUCCAAACAGGAAUGAGAGAGGAAAUGUCAUUAGGACGCCAGGAGGCUUUUGAAAUCUUCAAGAGGGACCACGCUGACAGCGUUACCAUCGAUGACAACAAACAGAUUCUGAAACAGAGAUUUUCUGAAGCCAAGGCCCUGGGAGAAAGUAUAAAUGAAGCAAGAAGUAAAAUUGGUCACCUGAAGGAAGAAAUCACCCGGCGGCAUAUACAGCAAGUAGCCCUAGGAAUCUCGGAAAACAUGGCGGUGCCUCUGAUGCCAGACCAGCAGGAGGAGAAGCUGCGAUCACAACUGGAGGAAGAAAAGAGAAGGUAUAAAACAAUGUUCACUCACCUGAAAGCCCUGAAGGUGGAGAUCGAGCACUUGCAGCUGCUCAUGGACAAAGCCAAGGUGAAGCUACAGAAAGAGUUUGAAGUCUGGUGGGCAGAGGAGGCCACCAACCUGCAGGUAAACUCUCCAGCAGUGAACUCACUCGAUCACACGAAGCCGUUUCUCCAGACAUCUGACUCCCAGCAUGAACAGUCCCAACUCUUCUCUAACAAAAGUUCUGGAGGCUGGGAAGUCCAAGGUCAAGGCACUGGCAGAUUCGAUGUCUGUGAUGUGAAUGCCAGGAAAAUCCUGCCCUCGCCUUGCCCCAGUCCACACAGCCAGAAACAGAGCAGCACCAGCACCCCACUGGAAGACAGCAUCCCCAAGAGGCCAAUGUCGUCCAUCCCUCUCACCGGAGACAGCCAGACAGACUCGGACAUCCUGGCCUUCAUCAAAGCCAGACAGAGCAUUCUGCAGAAGCAAUAUCUUCAGCUCCUUUGUUCUCUCUCCCCAAAGUCAGCUGUCUCCUUCGCUCAGCCAUCUACAAACAGGAAGGGGCUGAGCGAUGUUUUGGUAACUCGUUGAACCCCUGGCUUGAAGACUCACUCCCCCAUCAGAGUGUGGUUCUUGCCAAAGAGCUGCAAGUGUAAACACUACUUGAAGGCCCAGGCCCGAGGACACGUAACAAUCACAGAGGAAGUAAGGGUGGCGUGUCACACAACAGGAAGAGAAGAAGGCUCUUCUUGGCCUGCAUCACUGCCCCCUCCACCCCCAGCCCCGUCCUCUUGGCAGCUGCCCGUCUCCCAUCUGCGGUGGAUGGGCCUUUUCUCUUUCUGCCUUCCAUCCCCCACACACCCACAGGGCAAGCUCCAGGGCCCCUUACCCCAGGCCUGCGUUUUGUCUUAGUCUCCUCCCCAUAACCCAAAGGCUACUAGGCAGGCUUAACAUUGCCGUCACAUUGCCAGAAAGGCGCCCCCGCCGUGAUGGUAUCGGCCGGCAGAUUGGAUGUAUAAUGACUGAUGCCUGCCCUGCGGGGCCUGCACUCAGCUUCUCCACCAACCAUGUGCAGUUUGGGCAGGAAGAGAUUUGUGCAUGGAUGGAGCACCGCAGCUGAGAGCCGGCCUUGGUCCUGCUGUCUUCGCCUGGCUUGGCUGCCAGCCUGCUUCCUUACUAUCCUCUCUUCACCACCAGGACCGGCAACCUCAGCACCACUGUCAGGUCCUUUCUUAGGCCUGGGACAGCCCAGCUCUGCUGUGAUCUUGUCCCAUUCUCAGUUUCCUUGUCUAAAAA